GAUUCGUUUGCUGUCUAUGGGCUUUUGAGGUUCGUGUAAUUAACGAGACCCUACUCCCUCGUUUUCUUGUAUAGUAUAGACAAAAAGGUCCCUGGUUUUCUCACCACUUCCUCCCAAUAUGUCAAAACCUGCAGUGCUGCUGAUCGGUGACCUGGCACACACGAACGCGGAGUGGAAAGCCUACGCUUCUAAAUACAACUUGAAAGAGUUCCGGAAAGGAACACGAGACGAAUUCCUCUUAAAAUGCAAGGCUGGGGAGUAUGAUGAUGUUGUUGCUCUGUAUCGCUCAAACACGUCGACUUCAGAAACGGGCCCAUUCAACGAAGAGCUGGUCUCGUGUCUACCUUCCUCCCUGAAAUAUAUAUGCCACAACGGUGCGGGUUAUGAUAAUAUUGAGGUGGAUGCUUGUACAAAAAGAGGGAUAAAGGUGUCUAGCACGCCGCUUGCCGUAGACAACGCGACGGCUGAUGUUGGUAUUUUCCUGCUCUUGGGUGCAUUGAGACAGGCCUGGACACCUCUGAAGGCCAUCAAGGAAGGAAAGUGGAAAGGCGACGCUCAGCUUGGUAAUGAUCCCAAAGGCAAGCUGUUGGGCAUCCUAGGGAUGGGCGGCAUUGGCAGAGCAAUGGCAGAUCGAGCACGAGCGUUUGGCAUGACGAUCGCCUAUCACAAUAGAUCGAAACUGCCCAAGGAACUCGAAGGGGAUGCAACGUACCUCAGUUUUGACGAACUACUUGCCAAAUCGGAUGUUCUCAGUUUGAACCUGUCCCUCAAUGCAAAGACACGCCACAUCAUAUCGGCCAAAGAAUUCGCAAAGAUGAAGGACGGUGUUGUGAUUGUGAACACUGCACGAGGAGCAUUGAUCAAAGAGAAGGACCUGGUGGCGGCAUUGGACAGUGGGAAGGUCUCAUCCGUUGGACUCGAUGUAUUCGAAGACGAGCCGAGGAUCGAAGAUGGGCUCUUGAAAAAUGAUCGAGCCUUCAUCGUCCCUCAUAUUGGCACAAUGACUUGGGAAACACAAAAAGAGAUGGAAAUGCUUGUGCUGCAGAAUCUGGAGAACGCCGUGGACAAAGGGUCCUUGUUGACACCUAUACCUGAACAAAAAGACCAGUUGAAUGGCCAUUUAUGACAAGUUGGAUGAGAUAAGGAGUGUUUCAGCGACUCGGGUUUCUUGUAAACUCGUAGAUGACUGUCGUUGGCUAUUAAUAAAAGAAUGGAAUGUUGGGUGGCAUGGGAUUGUCGAGAAUCAUACAUAGCACGCAUAUUCGAGACGUCGCAG